AAUCUUCAAAAGUAGAACUUGCCGUUGACGGAGCGUCUGUUUUUCAGUUUUCAAACGAAAACACAUUACAACGUUACCUGUUCCUUUAGUUUUCCGAUAUUACCGUGUGUACAACCAGGUGGAGGAUGAAAUCGGAAGAAUUAAAUUUAAUGAAAUACGGAGAUUUGUGGAAGAUCGCUAAGAAAAAGUUCAACAUCACCCGCCGUAUGUCAAAGGAAAAACUUAUUAAGAAAUUGCUCCAACAGCACGAGAAUCAUCUUUUAGAUGAACGUUUCAUAUCAGCUGAUGAGAGUACAGACAAUUCCACUGUAGACUCUGAAGUGUUGCAAGAAUCAGCCCCAAGACGGGGUAGGAAACGUGGCAAACAGCAGAAUGAAGAACAGAAAAAAACAUUACCUGUUACCAAGAAAGCAAAGAAAGGGUCAGUUGAACAUGCAUUAAAUUCUACAUUUUCAGUAGAUGAAGAGGAAAAUGGAUAUCAGAAUGCCAAAAAUGUUGUAGAUUCAACUUUGAUUAAGGAACCACAAGAAACCAUUUUCAGAACUUUGAGAGGAAGGAAAAAAGUUUAUUUGACAGAAGAAACAUCAGCUAAUGAAUCAGAAAACGAGAAGGUUUCUACAAGGAAGUUGAAGAAAUCAGGAAAGGUUGAUCCAAAGAACCAAACCUUUGCUAAUUCAGACGGUGAAAAGAGCAUGAUGGAAAAAAUUCAUUCAUCCGCCAACGGGGAUUCAGUCUUGAAAUCACCAGCACAUGAAUUAGAGCCUAAAAAAAUUUCGAAAGGGAAGCUGAAAAAGUCAGCAAGCGCUGCAGUUCGAUAUCUCAGCGAAGAAUCAGAGGCCGAGCAGGUGCCUGCAAACAGAACAAGGGGUUCUAGUAAAGCUGAGUCCACUGAGCAAACAGUGAUGAUGCUGAAUGUUGCAAACGACGACGAGUCGCAGUUACUUGAACCAGUAGCCCAGAACGAAACAGAAUGCAAUGACAGACUUACGACAAGUUUUGUUGUUUCUUCAGAAACGAAAGUUCCAGUGUCAACCCCUUCAGUCGUCACCGGGAAAAAGGCUGUACUACUGAGGACAUCAAGUCAUCCAGUGAGAAACCGAAAACCAACUACAAUUUCUAGCACUCCGGCCAAAAUAACCGUGACGUCAACUGGCAGCGCUAAAAAGGUGUUUACGGCCAGCAGUGAAACAACCCACACACCGAAACUCGGCAAACCCAAAGCUGCACCCAACUUUGCCGAAAUCCACCAGAAAAACUUUUUGAAAAUGCAGUCGGUUGACGAAUAUGUUGAAAAGAAGCGCAACAGGACUGAAACUAUGGCUGCAAGCGUUAAAAUUGUUCGCGCCAAGUCCGUGCUUAACAACACUGUUACUCCACAAGCUAUAGCGCCUCCCAAGAGCAAAGCUGCAAUGCAGGACAUUAGCACAACGCCCGUGGCCAAAGAUAUAAAAUUUAACUUUGUUUCAGGUUUACAAAAGCCCGUUUUUACGGCUAAGGGUCAAGUGGUCAACGAAAAGCAACGAGUAGUGGCCAGGGUUAAAGAAAACCUCCAAAACAAUGUUUCCCAAAUUCCAGCAGCGACAACGUCUAUAGGCAAAAGAAAAGCGUCUAUGCUGAACGUGUCAAGAGACAUAAACACAUCCAAACUGUCACUGGCUGGGAAGCAGAUCCUAAAGGGUGUCAGGAUAAAUAGGCGUUUCGAAUUGCAAAUGCAACACCGUAACAUGAAAAACUAAACGAGGGAAAAACGAAUAACAUAUUUAGACGUUCGCGUCAGAGUAUCUGCCUAGCUGAUCCGUUAGUGACAAAAUUUUCCGACUUAAUCUAGCGUUAUGCUCUUUUAAAAAAUGAAUAGCUUCAGCUUGCUUUUCCAGUAAAGUGUCGUCCGUCGUUUCUCUAAAAAUUUCAAGAAUUAGAAUAUACGAUUUUUAAUCCUCA